AAAGAUGUUUCAAGAGGGCGCCACCACCGCUUUCAGCGUAGAAUCGAUCGCAGAUUCGGAAUCAGAAGAGGCAAAGCAUGAGGAAGAUGUUGCUUGUUCGCUCAAUCGCGACCAUAGUUGGUGCUGUGGCUGGGCUCGGUUUGAUGGCAACAUAACGGCACAGGGCUACUGUGUGCACGGCUUGGGGCGUGGCCCCAUCUACAUGUGCACAGUGUUCCUUUCAACAGCAUUCAUCUUCUUAGCAUCAGAAGAAGUUGGUUGUGUCGACGAAGACGGUCAGAUCGUUGAGAACUGUCAAGAACGUGUGUAUGGCGUCUUUCGACCGGCUGCCCUGGUGACGAACAUUGCCACAAUUGCAGGUCUGUUGGUUGCCUUCUUUUUGCCUUUGAUUGGAGCCAUUAUGGACUAUACAUCACAUCGAUGGACUCUAGGUGUUGUCACAGCAAUCCUUCUACUUGCGACUGAAGCAAUUCAGAUUGGAACAACCUCACAAACCUGGUUUGGCAUGGCUGUGCUUGAGGCUGUUUCACUUCUUCUCUUUGAAACCCAAAUCACUGCAUCACUUGCCUACAUGCCUGCUAUAGCACGAACUGUUGGAGAUGAAUCAUUGAAUACCUAUGUAGCCUAUUUCCUCAUUGUUGAAGUAGCACUGGGACAAGCUCUCUACACACUGAUUGUUGUGGCCAUUUCCACAUUCUUUGGACUUACAAAUGUUGGCACAGCUCAGGUGGCACAAGGACUUGUAACAGUUUGUGCUGGAUUGGGAUUCUACUUUGGAUGGAAGAAGUUUCCAAAGGUUCCUGCCAAGCAUUUCAUAGAUCAAGAUCCAGAAGACGAAGAAACUGAUAAGCCAAGCGAGAAAGGAGCGGAUGUCUCUGCCAGCAAAACUCCACAGCAAGAAAAGAAACACAAGAAUCUCUUUCUCAUUGGAUUCAUUCAAAACUGGAAUACGUUUUGGUACAUCAAUAGGGAAUACAAACAUUCUAUUCGCUGGUUUCUACUGGGAUGCGUCUUUGGAGACGCCGCUGCCAAUGCCUUUUUAACCGUUGCUGUCGUUGUACUCACAGACGAGUGGGGAUUGAGUGCCAACGAGGUGGGGAUCUUUUUGCUUGUUGGUCUUCUUGCAUAUGCCCUGGCAUGUCGACCGGCUGCAUGGGUCACCAACUGCACUACUCCCAACAUAUCCUGGAGACUUGCCAUGAUCUACACUUUUGUACUUGGUGUCAUUGGUGCCCUCACCGUCACCAAGGAAAAUGCCAAGCCUUGGUCGUUUGUUUGGGGAUUUGUUGUGUGCCUUGGAUUGGGAUGGCAAAGUCAGGCUCAGUACACGUAUGUUGCACUCAUUACACCCAAGGAUCAAGAAGCAGAGUUGGCAGGAUUCUUCAAUUAUUGCAAAGUCAUCUUGGCCUGGAUGCCCCCACUGCUGUUCUCACUCCUGGUGGAAGCCAAUGUGCCGCAGUAUAUUGGAAUCAUUUGCACUUGUGGCUUCUUUUUGCUGGCAGUUGCUGCCCUGUCCAUGUCAGCACCAUGGGACGAAGCCAUGCGAGAGGUUCAUGGCGCUGUACCAGCAGAAGGAGAAGUGGCGAAUCCAGAUGACGAGAUGGCAGCAAACGAAGCAGAGCCAAAGAACACGGAUGUGGAGCAUGGAGUGGAGGUUGGAGUGGAGGUUCAGCCGUGACCGAAUAGACCACUGGAACGUACGAACUGCUGCCGCCGAAAUGUUUUUAAGUGGUGCGACGGUACCUGCCAAUACAGAGUGCAUUUCACGUGGUACAUAGUAGCUACUAGCUAGUAUGUUGUCUUUAGC